AUGGCCGCCGAUAGCAAGCCACCGGAGAUGCCAAUCUAUCUCCGGACUGCUAUCAACCAAAACCCCAACUUCGUGGGUAGAUCCAAGAUCAUUGAUCAGAUCGAUAGAGAGCUCCUCCCCGACAAUCCGAACCCGAACCAUUCUCCCUCUCGUCUCCGCUCUUUUGCGCUUUGCGGUUUCGGAGGGCUUGGGAAGACUCAGAUCGCAACCUUUUACGCAUUCGAGAGGACGAACGCGUUUGACGCCAUCUUCUGGAUCCAGGCCAGUGAUGUUGACAAACUCUACAAUGGCUUUCGCGACAUGGCUGAAUCCCUGGGUCUCGUAAAUGAAGGCGAUGAAGGAGAUAUGGUCGUGAGCCGCGACAAAGUUCUCCAGUGGCUUUGCCACCCGCGCAAGCAGCAGCCGCCGACAGCGAUGAGCUCCGCUGAUACCACUGCGGGUGCUUCCAGAUUUGCCAAGUGGCUGAUCAUCUUCGAUGAUGCUGACAAUAUCGAUAUUGUCAGCGAGUUCUGGCCGUCCACCACCCACGGUGCCAUCUUGGUGACGUCUCGCGACCCCCUAGCCAAGACUAGUGAUCUCGCUAUGGAAGGGAUUGAUCUUCCGCCCAUGACCGACAGCGAAUGCGCGCUACUUCUUCAGAAGCAGGUGGCCGAAACUAACGACCCGGACGCAUCCCGCGCGGCGCUGAGUUUGGUUACAAGACUUGGUAACAUCCCGUUGGCCGUCUCCCAGAUUGCCACGCAGAUCAGAAGAAAAUUUAUGACCAUCGAAGAGUAUCUUGGCCGCUACGGAGAAGGUUCUCUGCUCGGCGAACUCAACAAGGUCAAGGCACUCCCGCCCAAGGAGCGAUACCGUUUCACCGUCUCCACAGUGUGGAGGUUCGAGGACUUCUCUCCGCAAGCGAUUAGCCUCAUGCGUGUGAUGGCAUUUAUGGAUCCCGACGCGGUCACCGAGAGAAUCCUACGCCAGGAUGUGGAAAUUCCCGAAGGAUCCUUGGUAGGCGAGGUCGAGCACACGUGUUCGUACCCCAAACUUGACUUGUACGUCGAUGCUCGGGCCGAACUGUUGCGGACCUCUCUCACGAGCAGGAACCGUGAGACUAAGACGCUCGGAUGGUACAAGCAAGUCCAAGAGGUUGUGCGGGAAAGGAUGACGCGCGACGAGUUACACAUCCAUUACCAGGUCGCCAUCGACUUGCUCUUUCGGGCCUGGGAGUUCGCCGAAGACAGGUCCAGCCGGGAGAGCUUCCGCCGAAAGAGAUGCGAAGAGGUUUUGCCGCAUGUGCAGACCAUCCUCAGCGCCUACGACUUGGCCGUGCGAGAAUCGGGAUUACCGCUAGAGAAGGCGCGGCAGCUGGUUCAGCUGUUACAAGAAACAGGCUGGUACUUGGUACAAGGAGCGCAGUACAUGCCCGCGCUUUCGGCCCUUGAGCUCGCAGUGAAGAUCUGCAAUGAUCACGGCGACGGAAUGAAGGACCUCCUGGCUGACACCUUGUUCUUGUACGCCCGAUGCGGCGAGAAGACGAACAUGGACCUGCAAACCGUGAUCGGCUAUUGCCUACAAGGGUUGGCCCACAGGAUAAAGAAUCCAUUAAGCAUGGAGUAUUGCUGGUCGAGACGCCGCGGUGUUUUGGUGGCAAGGUCGCAUUUCAUCCAAGCUAUCGACAUUUUCAAAAGGUCGCCGUACCACAAGCCAGAGUUGGCGAGGGCGCUAUACAAGAUUUCCUGCUUCUAUAAUCUUAGGAAGGCCAUGUGUGGACUCGAGGCCGCCGAAGCUCCUGACCGGGAGAGGGCUGUAGAGAUGUACUAUGAGCUUUGUCCGCUGGCAGCAGCGAACGAAAGACUCGGGGAAAAGGACUUCGACUCUCGAGUUAGGUUCUGGUCCAGGUAA